AAGCAAAAGCAAAUGGGCUGUCGUCGUUCAUUUGAUAUGUGCGCGGGUAUGGUACUUAUGGGUAUAUCAGAAAUCCAAAUCGAUUGCCAGCCAAGUUAGUUUAGUUAGGCGUCUCUCUGAUAAGAUACGAGCGAACCCGAAGCCACAACCUAACCAGAAGAAGACGGACGGCCCAGCCAACGCCAACGCCAACGCCAACACAAAUAGCACACACACUGUGCUGGAGCAACUGGCCGUGAUUACACAAUAUAAUAUAUCUAGGCAUGAGCACCAUGAGCACCAACAGCAGUGAGCAAAAAAUUGCAUCUGUGGCCAGCAAUGGACUGGAGGCGACAACACCCGUAGCCGGCGACUCAUCCAGCUCGACCAGUGGCGACCAGGAGCUAAAGAUUCUCGGCCAGCUAAAGACCAUCGAGCAGAUCAACGAACAGCGUCGCAUCUUUCUGAACAGCACCAUUACUGAGGAGGCCACCGAGAAGAAGGAGCCAAAGGAGGAGGAGCAGCAGCAGGAACAGAAGCUGGAACAGAAGCAGAAGGAGCAGCAGGAACCGAAGCUGGAAGUGGAAGUAGUGGAAGUAGCGGAACCGAGCAAACCUCAGCCUCCAAACAGUCUCGUACUGAACGUAAAAUAUGCCACGCUACCCAGCCCCAAUGUGGUGACGCUGCGUUCGCCGAUGUCGCCGCCUCCAAAGCCACCCAUGCUGAGUCGCACCAGAAGCAUUGGCUCCGGGGAUGGGCGCAGUCCGGUGACAGUGACGAAUGGAUCCGGCGAAGCCUCGCUGCUGCGUCAAAGCCUAACAGAGACGGCAAUCAGUGCAGCAGCAGCAGCAACAGCGUCGCCAGAGGGAGGAGAAGCAGCAGCAGAGCCACCACCGACUGUGUCCGCACGGCACUAUGAGGGGCUCAUCGAGGAGUUGCGCUGUCCAGGCUGUGCCGGCGCCAUGAAGGCUCCCAUUCUGCUGUGCAAGAGCGGGCACAGUGUCUGCGAGCAGUGCACCCGCAUUCUGCUCAUGUGCCCACUAUGCAAGGAGUCAUUCACCAACUCACGCUCCCUGACCGUCGAGGCGCUGUGCGCCAAGGCCCAUUUCCGAUGCAGCCAUGCGGCCGGCGGCUGCCAGGUGCGUAUGCCGGUGGCCCUGUUGCCCUGGCAUGAGCAGCAGUGCAUGUACAAGCCAAUGAAAUGCUUUAUGGGCCGCGUGUGGGGCGACUGCAAGUGGCAGGGCAGGGAGGUGCAGUGGAAGGAGCAUCUGGAGGAGCAGCAUGCCGACAAGCUGUUCCGUUCGAACAGCUCGGAUCUGGUGUGGAACAUGGCCUUGCGACGCAAGCCCCUCACCGGGUACUAUGUCUUCCAGGCGCACGACGAGAUGUUCAACUUCUACGAGAUCUACGACAAGCAGCGCGUCCUGUUCACCAUGACCUGUACGUCGAAUCGGCGCGAGAGCAAGUACAACUAUGCCUAUGAGGUGACCCUGCUCCAGCCGGACAACGAGGCGCUCUCCAUGACCCAGAAGUUUCCCGUCCACAGCGAAUACGAUCGCGAUAUACUCAUGGACGGCACUUGCGUGAGCAUUCCCCUGAACGAGCUAUCCCGUUUCGUGGACCCCGAAAAGCAGGUGCUGCACUAUCGGGUGAGCGUGCUGGCGGUAAAGUCCCCCCGCCGGGCCAAGCCCCCACGCCAGAGCCUGCCCGUGCCCAUCGACUAUGAGCAGACAAAGAAUGCGGGUGUGAACGGAAAGAGUGUGCCGGCCAAUAUGAUUAUUACGCGCACAUAUAAGGAGGGUAUGGGUGAGGUGGCGGUGGAGCCCGAAGCCGACGCCGCUGCCGCCUCCACACCCGACUCGGAGGAUGAUCCCAGCACGAGCAAUGGCCUGGAGCUGGAGCGCAAGUGGGGCACCCCUCAGUUGCACUUCAAUCGAAAGUAUCUGAGGAAUGCCCUGAAUGAGGCUGGAGGCCAGCAGGAGGAUGAAUUGCGUCCGUUGGCCAGCGAUCGGCGUGGCCUGGGCGAGGACAAGCUCUCGCUGUGCAGCAACAGCACCAGCUACACGAAAAAGGUCUCCGACUCAUUGCGCAAAAGCUUUAGGGCCCUCAAGGCGGACUUCAUUGAGAUGCGGCCGUUCGCCAAGAAGUCGUCGGCCAAGCCGAUCGAUGGCUCAUCACCCACAGUGCGGGCAAAUGCAGCCAAAUGACCGGAAUCCACGUCAACUUAUAUUUUUCCCAUCUGCAACUCGGAAACAACUACAAUGUAAAUAUGUUUUUGCCUCCUCACAUUUCUUCAGUGUUUGUGUGUGCGUGUGUGUUUUUUUUUUUCAUUCUAAUUUAAAGCAUGUAAAAAAAUAUUCCAAAGUGUU